AGUACGGGUUUAAUCGUUUUCACUUAGAACUCAACUGACGUCACUUCCUUUCGCUUUACGUGUUUUGUUUAAGGCAAGCAGGGUAGAAGUCAACGUCAGGCAAGAUGUUGCGGCUUCGCUGUAAGACCAAAAACGGGAGCCACAUAAUGCAAGGUUUGACUCACCAGUCCUGCGUCCAGGAGCUGAAGAGCAAAGUGGAGGAGUUAACAGGGAUCCCAUGCGAUGUGCAGAAAAUAAUGGUUGGCUACCCGCCAUCCAGCCUUGAUCUCCGAAAUUUAGAUGCCCAUUUAAAAGAUUAUCCCAUCAAAUCAGGAGACACACUCAUUGUUGAGGAGGAGAAGAACAAGUCAAAAUCUCAGGAUCAUCCCAUAGUGAAAGCGCCCCACUUGGAACUCUCUCCUGUGCUGGCACGUCGAGUCGUCCCAGCAGACAACUCCUGCCUCUUUACUAGCGUGAAUUAUGUAGUCGAAGGAGGUGUGUAUGACCCGGCUUGUGCCCCCGAAAUGCGCAGCCUUAUAGCUCAGAUAGUGUCAAGUGACCCUACAGCUUACUGUGAGGCAGUCCUGGGAAAAACCAACGAGGAGUACUGCGCCUGGAUAAAACGUGACGACACCUGGGGGGGAGCCAUUGAGGUGUCCAUCCUGUCCAAGUUUUACCAGUGUGAGAUCUGUGUGGUGGACACCCAGACAGUUCGGGUCGAUAGAUUCGGAGAGGAUGCUGGAUACCAAAAACGCGUGCUGCUCAUCUACGACGGCAUCCACUAUGACCCUCUGCAAAAAGAGGUUCCCCAAUCCGAUACCCCACCUCAGACUAUCUUCUCUACCACUGAUGACAUCAUCUUGGCCCAAGCCCUUGAGCUGGCAGACGAGGCCCGCCGCAAGCGUCAGUUCACGGACAUUAACCGCUUUGCAUUGCGCUGCAUGGUGUGCCAGACGGGCCUGGUGGGACAAAAGGAGGCCCGUGAGCAUGCCAAGGAGACAGGCCACACCAAUUUUGGUGAAGUGUGAAAGCUGUAUUAUCUUCUCUCCCUUUCACAGAUACGACCACCUCCAACUCCUGUGCCCUCGUGUCCGGCAAAGUUUGUUGGCCUGCUUGUGUUAUCCUCUACCUCACAUUAUCCUUUGACAUAUUUGGAGAAUCCUCAGACACUGUGUUAAGCCUCGAAUUGGUUCAGUAUUACCUUCUAACAGCUGAAAGCUCUUAAGGUCAAAAAUGCUACUGAAGUACUCUGUUACUAAUCCAUCUUGUGGGUCGGUAAUGGAUUGUUUCAGAUAUUUUCAGUGGAGUGAAGUUAUAUAUGCAAACAAUUCUUAGGAUUUGUUUUGGUCUGCUGAGAUCACCCAUCUCAUUGAUGUAACCAAUGUGGCUUAUGCUUCAAGUUGAAAAUGCACCAAAUUGCCGCUACUUAAACCGUGACUGACCAAACUUACUUUGUACAUGUCUCUGCAAAAGGUUGAGGACAACGACUAAGAAUUAUUUGUACUGAGAUGUGAUCUGAUUCACUGUUGUCUUAAACACAGCACAGCCAGUAUGACUGUUAUCCAUGUUGGUUUUAUAGUGUUGUUUUUCUGUUUGCAGACAGAUGUCAGAAUUUAAUUAGUAAGAUUAUUUGUCUAGCUUCAGAUGUUUAGAUGUUGAGCACAAGUAAUGCGUUUUACUGCUAAGAUAGUCAUACAUCUGCAAAUGUGCUGUUUAUGACAUCUGCCUGAAUUUAUGGAGCAGUUGACAUUGAGAUUUAAUAAACACAUUUUAAAUGAAAAUAUUAUAUAGCAAAGUGUGUCCAAAUUAGCUCAAGUACGUCCUUUUUGUUAUUGGUGUGAAGAUUGCCAUUGACCAGUGAUCUUGUUUUGUUUAAAAUAACAAAGGUGCUGUAAACUCAUUUUACAAAAUGUGUAGCUCAUGAUUCAUUUGAUUGGUUUAACAGGUUCACAGGAGUUUGUAAUUCUGGCUUACAGGUUUUAAAUAUCAUGCUGUGAAAGUUUUUUGUAUUUUUGAACUGCUGCACAGAGAAAAAAAAAACAAAUGUAUUAAAAGUGUGUAGUUUAACAGUGUGAGAGGUGUAGUGUGGUCUAGAAAUCCUAAUUAUAAGGUAUGUGUAUGAGAUCAGCUUUACUCAGUAAUUAUUUCUUCUUUUUUGCUAAUUAGCCUUAACUGUUUACUUUCUGAUCUAAUAUUUAAGGGAUUUUUGUUGUUUCAAUUAUGAUUUCAUUCACCAUUAGGUUUAACCCUUUAACUUCUAAUGCAACAUGAAACCGCACCUGUUUCUGUGUUGAUGAGACACUUAAGGUCUUAGUAUUUGGUGCAUGUUGACUUGCGUUUGCCGCUCUUCUACUGUACAUUUUGCACAACUGGAGCAUGUUCUCACAUUUUAUGAUUAAGUCAGGCAUCAUUGCUUUGCAUGGAAUUACACUAAUUUAAUAACCGGGUCAGAGAGAGUUUAUUUGGAGGUAAUUUUUUGUUUCUUCAAGCAGUUCUCUUGUUGCCCAACAUUGCGUUCGACCAGUAUUUCUUUUUUUUACACAUUUGUUAUGACAAUAUUGGUACUGAGUUGUUGCCAAAAUGGUAAGUUUGACUGUGGAAGGAUUGAUUUAAUACUUUUUAAACAUUGGUGUGGUGGUAAGGAGUUGGGUAUGAUGACAUAUAACACAAACUAGAGUUGUAUUUUUUAUGUGUGUUGUGCAUCAUUUAUAUUUUGUAGUUUGUUUAGCUAUGAUUCUGGGUUAAUGAGCUUGCAUAAGGUGAAACAAUGAAAUGUCUUGUUUGUAUUUACCAGGUUUUCAUGACUAACAACAACAAUGAAUGUUGCACACAAAGCACUAUGGAAUAACUGGAUUUACUUGAUUUUUUUUUUUUUUUCCAGUGUUGUCGCAAAUAAAAGCUAUAGCCAAGA